AUGAAGCUCGCCGUCUUCAGCGCCAAGCCGUACGACAAGAAAUACCUAAAUGCCGCUCACGAAGCCAAGAAGGACGAGUUCAAGGAACACUUUGCGAGCAAGGUUGGCAGCCCAGACCUCGAGGUCAUAUAUCACGACUUCUCCCUCUCCUCCGAUACCGUCUCCCUCGUUAAGGAUGUUGACGCCGUCUGCGUCUUUGUCAACGACGUCCUCAAUGCCAAUGUGCUCUCCGAGCUGCACAAGACGGGAGUCAAGGCAAUCCUGCUACGAUGUGCCGGCUUCAAUAACGUCGACCUAAAGGAGGCCGAGAAGCUAGGAAUCUUCGUCGCCAACGUCCCUUCGUAUUCUCCCGAAGCCGUCGCCGAGUUCGCCGUAUCCCUGCUGCAGACGCUCAAUCGACGCACCCACCGAGCCUACAAUCGUACCCGCGAAGGCAACUUCAACCUCGAUGGUCUAUUGGGAAAGACCGUACACGGCAAGACGGUUGGUAUUAUCGGCACGGGAAGGAUUGGUGUGUCUAUGGCUCGCAUCAUGAAGGGCUUCGGCUGCAAACUAUACGCCUUCGAUCCUUACGAGUCGGAUGCAUUCAAGGAGCUGGGCGAGUACCUACCCCUUGAGGAGCUGCUUCCCAAGUGCGACUUUAUCAGCCUGCAUUGCCCCUUGAUGGAAAAGACGAAGCACAUCAUUAACGAAAAGACACUGAAGCUGAUGAAGCCCGGGUCUAUGCUGGUCAACACGUCUCGUGGCGGGCUCAUCGAUACCAAGGCCGUAACCCAUGCCCUGAAGAGUAAGCACCUGGGUGGUUUGGCCCUGGACGUGUAUGAGGGCGAGGGAGACCUCUUCUAUAACGACCAUUCGGGCCACAUUAUUGACGAUGACGUUCUCACACGGCUGAUGACGUUCCCGAACGUGCUGAUCUGUGGUCACCAAGGCUUCUUCACAGAGGAGGCGCUGCAGGAGAUUUCGGAGUGCACGUUCCGCAACCUCGAGGACUUCAUCCUUGGACGCAAGUGUCAAAAUUCGUUGGUAAGGGAGGAGUUCGCGCUGGCUCGCAGAGAAUCCUUGCCAGUGCGCAUCGUGUAA